GUGCGCUUACAGAGACCGAUCCAUACAGGUGGCGCGAGGUCGUAGUACAUCUCACACGUGCGGUAUCGGUAUCGUUGUUAUUCGAGAUGCGAAACAUCUUUCAUAAUAUUCCAUGAAUAAUGGAACUAAUCGAUAUUAAAAUUAUUGCCGUGGGACUAAAGUGGUAUGAGUGGAGGUGGGGUGAAAUGUGAAAAGUUCAGUUCAGAGAAGAGAGGAACGUAGGUGAGAGUGGGGCCGUGCGGAUUAGCGGUUUUGUGGCUGCUGCUGGUGUUGCCCAUUUUCAUGUAAAUCUUUUGGCGCGGUGUUCGCCCUAAUGGAAACGGAGCGUCGCGGAAAUGUCUGAUUCGGAGGCGGACGAGGACGUCGCGACGGCCGCCGCCCCGACCGCAGCCAAGGAGAUCAGAGUGGCUUUCGUGGGCGAGCCGAGCGUCGGCAAGACCAGUCUGAUUAGGAGAUUGUGCUACGACGAGUUCUCCAGACAGUACGUAGCGACGGUGGGCGCCGACUUCUACAUGAAGCGAAUCUCGCUUCCAGGCAGGAAGGAAGUUACGCUGAAGCUGACCGACGUCGGAGGCCUCGAGCUUCGCGGUUCCAUGAUCGACAAGUAUCUCUUCAACGCAGACAUGAUCAUCCUCGUCUACGACAUAACGAAUCCAACGAGUUUCGAUUACAUGAGCAACUGGUUGGCCAUCGUGCUCGGCUUAUUGGAGUCGGCUCCCUUUUUCGCCGUCAUCGGCAACAAGUGCGACCUGGAGCACCAGAGGGCCGUACGCCUCGAUAAGACCAAUCAAUUCGUCGCCGAUCACAACCUGAUAAGUCUCCUGGCAUCUGCCAAGACCGGUGAAUCAGUGGACGCCUGCAUCGUCGAUCUAAUCUCUCGUCAUUUGGGUCUGCCGCCCUUGACGAAGACGCAGAAGGAGCAGCAUCAGGCCGUGCUCAAGGUGGAGCUCGUACCAUCACCACCGGAGAACGUCAAGAGGAAGAUCGGGCACGUGCAUCAUACAAAAUCCUCAGUCUGUUGCAUUCAAUAAUCCAUUU